GCACACGGCAGCAGUUGUUUCCGGCUUCUCGUCAGCGACGGAGGCAAGGCGUGUGAGGUUUGGUGUAGCUGCAAUCCCGACGUUGAUCCAGGCCCUUGAACGCGUGCGCGUUAUUUAGCAUUUCUCGUGUUUUGGCGAGAGAUUUCUGCUUGUGUUGCUGGCGCGCGCCCUCUGCGCGGAGUGUGCUGAAAGCACGGGGAAAGCACGACAGACGCGCCGUCAGGGCAGACACCACACCACCACUCUGUGUUGUCCUGGCGCUUGUUUGCAUGCUACGCCAACUUAUCGCCUUCGUAUAUUGAUUGACCUGCAUUGCCGCUUCUAGAACGUCGCUUUUGCCGCUUCGUGGAGUUGCUUUCCCACCAGAUUGAAAUGCGGUCACGAAGCCGUUCCCCUGCUCGCAGGCAUUCUCCACCCCACAGAAGCAGGAGUUCUUAUGGUAAUGGAGAGUCUUCAGGAUCGGCCAGUGACAGAUGUCUGCAUUGCAUGCAAACAGUCAGACGGCACCACCCUGGUCCCGAGGGGGCGCUUCCUGAUAAGGACACCCUUAAAAACAUGAUUGUAAAUCCUCAAGGAGCAAGGCCACAGUGUGGCCAAACCAUACCCGUCGAAGAGGUGCAAAUUCCAAGACGCUAUGGUGAAGGAAUAGAGCCGCUAUUUGGCUUCAUGUCAGCCCGCAGAGUUGUACAAAUAUUGCCUGUCAGGCCUGAUGAAGGAAACAAUCAUGCCAGAUCUAGAUCAAGUUCAAACCAAAGAGAUAGUAGUCGAAGGUUUGAAAGACACGACAGUAGAGGCGAUAGUUCAAGAAGACCUCUUGAUGGUUAUCGCCCGGACAGGGAUGAUGAAAGAAAAAGAGAAGAACGGAGAAAAGAUAGAGAAAGGGAAGAAGAGCGAAGGAGAGAGCUGGCGCGAGACAGAGACCGAGAGCGCGAGCGCAGCAGGAAGAGGGAGGAGCCAAUUAAAACAGAGCCAGAGGAAACAGAAGCUCCUACGGAAGAUCAAGAGACCCACGAAAAUGGAGGACCUUCUCAUGGAGGGCAUGGUCCGAGGCCACCACAAUUCAGACCUCCCGUGCGGCCGCCCAUGUUUUACCCGCCACAUGCGUUCCCUCCUCCCAUGGGUCCACCAAUGUGGGGACCUUAUCCACCCCCACCCAGGCUUUUCCACCCCAGACCGAAUAUUCGCCGCCCUCCUAGGUUUUGAUUCAACGAGUUGUUGUAAUUUAUUAAACAAGCAGAAGAAGUUUCUCCAAGUUUUUACUGCUUUUAAACUUUGUUGAGGCUGAUCAAGUUUUAAUCAUGAAACAUGUAAUGGAGCAUGCAUACACUUUCCAAAAUGUAAAUUCAAAGGGCCCAUGUACAGGACAAGAUGUGCAUUUUAGAUUUUAAGAUAAAAUAAAUUGUUUUUAUUUGUUGA